CACUCAAAAAUCAGAGAGAAAAUAACACACACAGUCACACACCAUAAAAGUGCUCUCUGAAAUAGAAAAAAGAACCCCAAAAAACGUAGUUACACGUUCAGUGUGAGUGCGUGUCGGAUCUCCCAAAUUUAUCCCAACUCAACUGGGGCUCAUUUGUCUCGCUUAUAAACGGCGAGAGAGAGAAAGGUAGAGGAUAAUGAGAGAGAAAAUGUGUGAAGUGAAAGACCCCAAGAUAAAGCUUUUCGGCCAAACCAUUGAAGCGGCGGUUGGUGAAACAGCUCAGUCCUGUGAUGGUAUUGGUGUGGGAGAGGAUAGUUCCAUUCAAGACCCGCCUUCUUCAUCUAACUCCAUUAUUCAAAAAGAUGAUUUCACCGGCGAUGCAGAGGACCAAGAAUCCAACACGAACCAAUCAGGUUUUAAACAAGAAGAUAAAGACGGAGAUCAAACCCAGCCUUUGGCAUCCGAUGGAUUAAAAGAUUCUAAUACAACUCCUUCUAUAGUUGAGAACCCCAAGGCAUUGUCUGCCGAUAGUGAUGCUGGACCGAUGCAAAGUUUGAAGACGGAAGAGGACCAGACUGAGACCAGUAACUCAGACGAGAAAACCCUGAAGAAGCCGGACAAGAUACUCCCGUGCCCUCGUUGCAACAGCAUGGAUACAAAAUUUUGCUAUUUUAACAAUUACAAUGUGAACCAGCCGAGACAUUUCUGCAAGAAUUGCCAGAGGUACUGGACAGCUGGUGGGACUAUGAGGAAUGUGCCUGUAGGCGCUGGUCGCCGUAAGAACAAGAAUUCCGUUCCCCAGUUCCGUCAUAUAACCGUUCCCAAUGCUCAGGUGGACCUCCCAAAUGGAAUACACCACCCUGUGCUGAGCCCCAAUGGCACCGUUAUCACUUUCAAUUCAGACACGCCUCUAUGCGAAUCUAUGGUGUCCGUCUUGAAUAUCGCUGAUAAAACCGUUAGAAACAGCAUGAGGAACGGGUUUCACAGACCGGAAGAGCUAGGAAUUGAGGCUUCCCAUGGACUUAAAGAGAACGGAGACGAUCACUCAAGUGGAUCUUCCACAACUGCAACAACUUCAAAGGAAGAAGUUGGUAAAAUCGAAGUAACAGCAAACAGUCAUCCCCUUCCUCUCCGCGUACCUUCCUUUCCCGGAGCCCCAUGGCCUUAUGCGUGGCAUUGCGUUCAGUGGACUGCCCCCAUGUCUCCACCGAACUUUCCCCCCGGUGGCAUUGCUUUGCCAUUCUAUUCUACGCCUCCGCCUUACUGGGGCUGUGCAGUACCUGGCCCUUGGAAUGUUCCUUGGAUUGUCCCCCCAACACCAUCACACAACCACACACCUCCGAAUUCCAGCCCCAACUCCCCAACUCUAGGGAAGCAUUCGAGAGAUGACAGUACUCUGAAGCCCGUCAGCCCAGAGGAAGCAGCUAGUGAAAAGGACAGUCACCUCUGGGUUCCGAAAACUUUGAGAAUCGACGACCCUGGAGAGGCGGCCAAGAGUUCCAUAUGGGCUACUUUAGGCAUAAAGAAUGAGAGAGCAGACUCUGUGGGUAGUGGUGGUCUUUUUAAGGCCUUCCAAAGACAAUCGAAAGGCGAUGAAAAGGCUCAGGUUCCAGAAACCUCGACGGUGUUACAAGCAAAUCCAGCAGCGAUGUCUAGGUCGUUGAGCUUCCAUGAGAGCUCUUAAGCUGACCAAAACUGUAGUUCAUUGUUUAUUUGUUACAUGAAACUAGGCUGGAGAUUGGGUAAAUUCUCUUCAAUCUUCUUAAACAUUUAAACUGGUAAAUAGUCGGUUCUUUUGUAGGUGGUAGAUGGAUUUGGUGACUUGUUGAGUUAUUGUACAUAAUUAUAUGGUAUGUAUUGAGAGCAAAUUAGUGUAAUGCUUUUGCAACGAAAGUCUA